AUGGAAAAGACGCAGCAGGUCACCGAGGCCUUCGACUGGGGUUUCCAGCGCGACUCGAAGGCACAGCUUGCCUAUGAGGCCCCCAAGAAGGUUCUGCCGACCCUCGGGCAGCACGGGGACAACGUGCGCGUCGGGGGCGGCGUGAUUGCGACACGCACCGGCGGCAGCGACGCGAGCGCCGUCGUGGUUGGCUCCACCGGCAUUCAGCUCAUGCACCCGGCGCAGCGAGGGCAGGGCACCUUCUCGUGGACGAUCCGCAAGUCGCAGGGCAACGACGGGCUCGGCCUGUACGUUGGCGUCGCGGACGCGGACGCCGACUUCCUCUCCGACUCCUGGGGCAAGGCUUGGGCGAUGGGCUGCCACGGCUGCAACGACUCGCUCGAGGACGGCACCACCGUCACCGUCAAGGUCGACCUCUCCGCCUCGCCGCGCACGCUGUCCUUCUCCAUCAACGGCGGCGCGGAGGGCGACUCCGUCUCGCUCGCGUACGACGACGCCCCCUCCCGCUCCUCCUCCAUCGACGAAACCGCCUCCGAGGCGGCCGCGUCCCUUCGCACCUCGGAGGCGCGCCACGCCCCUAGGCCACGCCCGCCCUCCCCGGCCCCGGCACUCGACGUGGUGUGGACAAAGACCGAGCGCGUCUCACCGGGCGACGUCAUGUCCUUCCUCGCGUGA